UCGCCACUACAGCUGUCAGGAUGCAGCAGAGCAGAAACAUGCAGGCCCUCGAGUGGGAGGACAUCGACAAGACCAGGUUCUACCCGAUUGGGGUGUUGAUGAAGAUGAGCAUCCGAGCCAUGGACUACCCAGCAGCACUCAUCCGCACACAGCUGCAGGUGCAGAGGGGCAAUUCGCUCUAUAAUGGCACUUUUGACGCCUUCUUCAAGAUCCUGCGGGCGGAGGGCGUGCGGGGCCUCUACCGCGGCUUCAUGGUCAACUCCUUCACGGUCGUCUCAAGCCAGGCUCACAUAACCACCUACAUGCUGGUAAGGAAGUAUGUCUCCCAGUAUACAGAGGACAACACGGUGAAGGCGCUGGUGGCCGGCGGCUUGGCUUCACUGGUUGCUCAGAGCAUCCACGUUCCCAUCGAUGUGGUCUCUCAGCAGCUGAUGAUGCAGGGCCAGGGGCUGCACCUCUCCCGCUUUCAACUCAACACCCACACAGAGGCUGGAAAACCCAGAAUACUGUUCAGCCAAUCCAGGAGCAUUAUGAGUCAGAUUUAUGCUGCUGAUGGUUUCCGGGGCUUCUACAGAGGAUACGUUGCCUCUUUAUUCACUUACAUCCCAAACAGUGCGGUCUGGUGGCCUCUCUAUCAGUUCUAUGCUGAGCAACUCUCCAAACUGGCUCCCAGUGAGUUUCCUCAUCUGAUUCUACAAGGCAUCGCUGGACCUAUCGCUGCUGCCACUGCCUCCACGUUCACCAACCCAAUGGAUGUGGUUCGAGCCAGAGUUCAGGUUGAAGGCCGGUCCUCAGUCGUUGAGACGUUCAGACAGCUGAUCACAGAGGAGGGCUUCCGGGGUUUGACCAAAGGACUGUCUGCUCGCAUCAUUGCAUCCACGCCCACUGCCAUCCUCAUGGCCGUCGGCUACGAGACUCUGAAGAAAAUGACUUUGCUACCAAAGCAGGACGAUUCGACACAGAGGACAAUAGAUGGCAGCAGACAAGGACCUUCCAGCUCUCGUCCCCGACAUGCCAGUGUACCGACGAAUGACAGGGCGGAGGAGAAGGCCUGGUGAAGAUGGCCGAGACCUCCUCUGAGCUGACACCUCCCGGUGGGAUGAUGGAGUGCUCCCUGCUCGGCUCCAUACAUUAAUUAUCAAGCGGUGUCUGGAAGGCACUUUGUCUAGAAGACCGAUGAGGGGCUGGAGGAGGAGGAGGAGAGAAACGGACUCGCCCGGGGUUACAGGAAGGGCCUCUGGUUCUCAGGGGAUGUGGUGGUGGUAGCAAUGUGGUGCCAGUGUGUCCGUGAGUGUGUCUGUGUGUGUAGAAUAAAAAGUGUGAUAGUCAAAGUACAAAGAGGAUGGACAUGAGAACUAUUGAAAAGUGUGAUCUUCUCAGCUCUAGACGCAUUCAUGAUAUUUGAAAAGCAGUAAAGGACAAAUAGAUAUUUUUAAGGGAUUUUCUGGGAAUUCAUGAUGUAUUAUUCAAAUGUUUAACAUUUGAGUCUGUGUUCAAACAGCUCUGACAUAUAUAAACACAUGUAAAUAUAUAUAUAUAUAUAUAUUUGUGGUUGCUGUAAAUUUUUCUUUAGAAAUUCAUGUCAUGUAGAUCAAUCAUUUAUUGAAAUUAUUUUUUUGUGGGGCGGGAUGAAGAACCUGCAGGAUUGAUUGAUGUGUUGUAUAAAUGGCCGAUUCAAACAACAUAAAAAAAAUAAAUAGAUAAAUAAAAACCUUUG